GCGAAGCAACGAGGACGAGGACGAGGACGAGGAAGAUGCGGACUCAGCUGGCGGGCGUGCUCCUGGGCCUGCUGGGCUCGCUGGGCACGGGCCUGAUCUGCGGGCUGCCCGCCUGGAAGGUGAGCGCCUUCGUGGGCUCCGACAUCGUGACGUCGCAGGUCUUCUGGGAAGGGCUGUGGAUGAACUGCGUCAUCCAGAGCACGGGACACGCGCAGUGCAAGGCCUACGACUCCGUCCUGGCGCUGCCUCGGGACCUGCAGGCCUCCCGGGCGCUGGUGUGCGCGUCGUUGGCGGUGGGAGCGCUGGCGCUGGCCCUGAGCGUGGUGGGCGCCCGCUGCACGUCCUUCCUGCGCCACGACUGGCCGACCAAGAACAAGGUGGGCCUGUCGGCGGGCGCGGCCUUCGUGGCGGCCGGCGUCCUGUGCGUCGUUCCCGUCAGCCUGUCGGCUCACGCCAUCGUCGCGGGCUUCUUCGACCCGCUGCCCUCCGAGGAGCGGCGCGGCGAGCUGGGCGCCUCCAUCUACGUGGGCUGGACCUCGGGGGCGCUGCUCAUCGUCGGCGGCGCGCUGGUGUGCUCCGUCUACCGCUGCUGACGGCGCGCCCGCGGCCGCCCGUCGGUCUCGGCUGCGAUCGGCCGGCGAGCCGUUGGGGGCGCGCCCCGCCUGCGGCCCGGAAAGUGCCGGGACGGGCUCCGGCGACCCUCCUGACGUUAAAGCGCUUCACAUAAAGGAUGGCCGCAUGGAUGCGCGCCGUGAGGCUGCUUUGCCAACUGCCAAAGAAAAGAACGAAGAGCUUCUCUUGCCUUUAUUUUCCGUGCUCGCAGGUGAAUGUCACUUGUUCGGAGAUUGUGCGCACGAUAACAACGACGGUCUCGUGAGAAAACGAGCUCGAUUGAACUCGCAUCUCUGGGCACCGC